UUGUACCGACACUCUGAUGACGUAGCACGGGGCGACGCGGCGGGGCGGCAGUGACGGCGGCCGAAGCCAAGAUGGCGGACUUGUCGGGGACAGAGCUGUCAGAGGAGAAAGAAGCAGAAAUUGAGCUAAAGAGAAGACAGAAGCGACCGUGGGAUGAGUUGCACAAGUCAGGAAAAAUCGGUUUGACCGCAGAACUGCCGGAAACUUUGGGAUUUUAUGACAUCAGCGCUGUCAGGAGGGAGCAGCGGGAGCAGCGGGAGCAGUCCGCAGAUCCAUCGUUGUCGCGCUUCAUUGCAGCAGAGCUCACCAGAGGCUACUUCCUGGAACACAAUGAGGCAAAAUACACCGAGCGCAGAGAGAGAGUUUACACAUGCAUGCGCAUUCCCAAGGAGCUGGAGAAGCUGAUGAUCUUUGGCUUCUUCCUGUGCGUGGACGCCUUCCUGUACGUCUUCACCCUGCUUCCCCUCAGGGUGCUGCUGGCUGUGCUCCGCCUCCUCACCCUGCCAUGCUGUGGUUUCAGGGCACACACAUGCCCGUUCUGCAGAAGAAGCAGUGGGUCUCGGCUGCUGCAGCCAGCGCAGGUGUGUGACAUGCUGAAGGGUCUGAUCCUGGUGCUGUGCUUCUCCAUGAUGCAUUACGUCGAUUACUCCAUGAUGUACCACCUGAUCAGAGGACAGUCUGUCAUCAAACUCUACCUCAUCUACAACAUGUUGGAGGUGGCCGACCGCCUCUUCUCUUCCUUUGGUCAAGACAUCCUGGACGCUCUCUACUGGACGGCCACAGAACCCAAAGAACGGAAAAGAGACAGUAUAGGAGUCAUUCCUCACUUCAUCAUGGCCGUCUUUUAUGUCUUCCUUCAUGCCAUCCUCAUCAUGGUCCAAGCCUCCACCCUCAACGUCGCCUUCAACUCACACAACAAGUCCCUGCUCACCAUCAUGAUGUCCAACAACUUUGUGGAGAUCAAAGGAAGUGUGUUCAAGAAAUUUGAAAAGAACAACUUAUUCCAAAUGUCCAACAGUGAUAUCAAGGAACGAUUCACAAGCUACGUUCUCCUGCUCAUUGUUUGUCUCAGGAAUAUGGAGCAGUUUGCAUGGAACCCAGACCACCUGUGGGUGUUGUUCCCCGACGUCUUCAUGGUCGUCCUGUCUGAGGUUGCUGUUGACAUCAUUAAACACGCUUUCAUCACCAAAUUCAACGACAUCACUGCAGAUGUGUACAGUGAAUACAGAGCCAGUUUGGCCUUUGAUCUCGUCAGCAGUCGACAGAAGAAUGCUUGUACAGACUACAGUGACUCAGUGGCCCGGAGGAUGGGCUUCAUCCCUUUGCCUUUGGCUGUUCUGCUUAUUCGAGUGGUAAUGAGUUCUGUGAAGGUGCAGGGAGCUCUUUCAUACACGUGUGUGUUCCUCUUUUAUCUAGGGCUGGUUUCUCUGAAAGUUUUGAACAGCAUCGUGCUGCUUGGAAAGUCGUGUGUUUACGUCAAGAGAGCCAACAUGGAGGACAAACUGUUUGAGAGGCCUUCCACCGCUCCAUCCUCCUCUGGGAAACCCCCCAACAAAGCUGACCAGGAGAGAUGUCCAACACCUCCAGGUGAAUCCAAGGUGGAUAAGAUGUCUGCCAAACUCUGCAGCCCACCGCCGUCUUCCUCAUCCUCUUCCUCAUCUGUGACCACUCAGCCGAUUCCCAGGACUGACUUGUUCCCUCCCCCGCCCACUGCUGCAUCCCCUGCUGCUCCAGCAAGCCGUCCUCCAACUCCUCCACCUGAGCCUGAACAACCUUUACCAUCACUCUCCAAAGAGGAGGAGGGCGAUGCACAAGGAGCCUCCGAACUGAAACACAGGACUCCCAAAGAAGACCUGCUGGAGAUCGACCGCUUCACAAUCUGUGGUAACCGCAUCGACUGAGCCGCGGCAGCCGCUAGUGUAGCGAUUAACCACUCAGGAAAGACGGCGCGCAGGGGGCUCUGCUGGCCAACAGCAGCAGAAUGCUGAGUAUUUAUUAAAGUCGUGGCAAUACAGUAAGUUAUUGUGGACAUGGACGCUCGGUGUCAGGCGAUCCCGCUGUUCUCAGAGCCUGAAGUCAAAAAGUUUGACAAAGAAAACUUCAGCUGGCUGACGAACAGCAGGAGGCAGAGAGUGACUGUGGCAGCUCAGUCAGGAUGAACUGUCAUCUCAGAGUGUGUGUGUGUGUGUGCGUGUGUGUGUGUGCGUGCGUGUGUGUCAGCAUGUGUGAGAGCAGCAUGUGUGAGAGCACACAAGCACUUCCUGUCUGAGCAGCACUGGGUCCAGACAGAGAUGAUUUCCUCAGUUUGUUCUCUGACACUCACGUUAAAGGAAACGACUGAAUCACGUUUCACUGCUUCAGGUGUUUCAUUAGGUUUCGUUCAACACAUCAGUCUGUAUUUAAAACACAGCACAGCCUUUACAAUAAGACACUGGAGUUCAUGAAGAGUUGAGUGAAGAAUUUGGAUCUGGAAGCUAAAAAGUGGGAAAGCUUCUCGCAGGUCCUGCACAAAUUAUUGUAAGAGAAAUCUGGUGGGACACAAAGUCACUAACCAGGCCAGAAAAACAGAAAAACACAUUUUUGACGGAAACUAACUGAUGUUUAUUGAGACUUUUCUUUAAUGUUAAGCUUUUGUUUUGUGAAUUACAUCCAAAUUUAUCCUCACAGGUCUCUCAAACUCAAGAAAGCAGGAAACAAGACUUUCUGACUAAGACGGUCACAAACUGUCCACACUGGUGACGAGGGUCACAAAUAGACCCUGGUUUGUUUCAAGGGGUCAGAGUAUGAGUGAGCACAGCUCCACUUAGUCCCACACUGAUGAUGUUAGAGUGUAUGCUGCGCUGCUCGCUCCAUUAACCUCUCAGUUCUGGUUGGAACUCUAAAACGAAGCAUUGUUUUUUUAAUCAGUUGAUGAAGUCGUGAAGGUGACUUUUCAUCAGAGCCUUAAGUAGAGCCUUUAGUUUACACCGCCAACAGAUGAAGAGGCCUCAGCCACACGGCAGCCUCAGCUUUCAUUAAAGCAACCAGUCAGCACGCCACGUUAACAGGUUGCUGGUCAGAUGCUGCCGACAGUAAAGCUGCUUCAGCUUACAAAGCCAGGCGUAUUUCACAGGUCCAUUGAAAAAAGACAACUUGUAGUUUGUUAAUAAAUGCUGAAGAUAAUCGAAGUUACUUCUUGCUUAGGGUACAUUUUUUAAUGGCUUUAUAUACAGUAUAUUAGGAGACAAAUCUUUAUCUGAAAAACAUUUAUUAUAGUUAGAAAAAAGGUUAUUAUCACUUCAAUCACAUCCUCCACCAAAUAACCAGUCAUUUCAUUAUAAAAUGAUAUUUCAUUCAUUAUUCGUCUUGAGAAUGUUUGCACUGACGGCCGUGUUGUCUUAAAUACGACGUGUUUCCCAUCCGACGCUCCAGCAAUGUUCUGAUGUUUACAUCUUAGAAAAUAGAAGCAAUAUUUCCACGACAAAAUGCCUUUUUUGCAUGUGUGUUUUACAUUUUGUUGACUGCCCUUUGUGAAAUUGUUUGCUAAGAUUUAAACUCAUUCAUUUAUUGUGAUGAACCAUCUGUAAAUUCAAUAUUUAAGAGACUAUCGUCAUAUUUCAUUUGUGACCCAUGUUUGUAAUUGAUUGAAAACAAAUAUAAUAUAUUAUCUAUGAGAGUGUAACUCCUCAGUGCCAGGCCAGCAGUCAUGCCAAAUAUUGAACUUGUGUUGGGACUUUUGUUAUUUGAUCCAAAUCAGCUCUAAUUGAUCAAUGAUGGUACAUCAUGUAGCACCUUAUGGAUUCUUCACAGUGUUAUGUUUCCCAUUUUCAUAAAGAGAUUCAGUAGUUUUGUGCUGCAAGCUGAGAAGUUUUAACAGAAUUAUUUAGUACGGUACAAAAUAUAACACAGUUGUAAUCACCUUUAAUUAAAAGUAAGAUUAAUUUGAGAUUAAUUUGAGAUUAAUUUGAGAUUAAUUUGAGAUUAAUUGUUUCUCAGUUUAUUUUGUACCUUAACAUGUGACUUACUGCCUGGUUAACAAGCGUCUGAGGAGUGACUGGCAGUAAUAUUUAAAGAUGCCUCAGCAGAAGCUGUUGGAGUAAAAACUCUUAUUUUACUUUGAGCAGAAGGACGAUGUAUAUAAUGUAAACACAUAUCAGGAUCCAUGUGAUUGUGUUUUAAAGAAUAGAGGUUCUUUAUAAUGUUCAUUACUGUUGUAAUGAGAUAGAAGAUUGUUCUAUUUUUGGAGCUGCAAGUUGUGAAGUGAAAAAACAUGAACUCUGAUUCUCCUCAGUCCUUCAUGUGGUUCUGGUCUCCAGCGGUCCGAGCUCAGUGGUCCACUGUCAGCUGGCCGAGCCUCACUGGUUCCAGUCUGCCGUGGACAGCAGGCCCAGCUGGACCGAGCUGGACCGAGCUGGACUGGACCGAGCUGAUGGAGGUGAGACCGCUGUGUUCUUCUGCGAGCUGCGAUGGUCCAGUACACUGCCUGCUUUGUGUCAUCAGUUUGGUUCCUUAUUUAAUUCCUACCUCGAUAUUGUAUGAAGAUGCCCCCUUUUAGAUUAAUAAAAGUUUGUUUCAUAA